CAGGCUCCUCCUCCAGCAGCGAGCCAGGGGCUACGGCUCAGGCACGGGGGACGGUCCUCUCCUCACCUGCGCUGGCUUCUCAGGACCGCUGUGGCUCACCCUAGGGCACAGGAUGCUCCCCUAGGGACCCCAGAGGUGGCCAGCUUAGAGGAGUCUGGGCUUGGGGAGGCUCUUGGCUCCCCUACAGGAUGAGAAAUGAGAGACUGAGUCUUAACAUCCUGCCCCCAGCCGGGCAGACAUAUCCCACAGUGCUAGCUGGGCCCCCCCGGCAAGACCUGAGGUCAGCCAGUCUUUCUGGAGUCCCGGGAAGCCCAGCACGGCACUAGGUGGAGGAACUGGGCUGGCCCUGUGGGGACAGAGCAGCUUGCCAGCAUCCCUCCCUCUCACCUCGAUGAACACAUCUUUACAAAUCGGCAUCCCAGAUGCCGAGGGCUCUGAGCACUGCACAUGCACACGGGCCAGGAGAGUGAGGGUCUAACCCUGGCAGGGGUGCUCUCAAAGGCCAGGUGCCUCCCUCCCAGUGCGAGGGGAAGCUUCACUGAGGAGAACUAGUGGACAGCCAGGGGAAAGACGGCCCUGCAGAUCCAGCCUCUGCGGUCCCCGAGAUGCUGAACAAGGUGGUGACCGUGGAUGGUAUGAGGGUGAAGCUGCAGAUCUGGGACACCGCAGGGCAGGAGCGGUUCCGCAGUGUCACCCACGCUUAUUACCGAGAUGCCCAGGCCUUGCUCCUGCUGUAUGACAUCACCAACAAAUCUUCCUUCGACAACAUCCGGGCCUGGCUCACUGAGAUUCACGAGUACGCCCAGAGGGAUGUGGUGAUUAUGCUCCUAGGCAACAAGGCGGAUGUGAGCAGUGAAAGGAUGAUCCGUUCAGAGGAUGGAGAGAUGCUGGCCAGGGAGUAUGGAGUUCCCUUCAUGGAGACCAGCGCCAAGACGGGCAUGAACGUGGAGUUAGCCUUUCUGGCCAUUGCCAAGGAGCUGAAGUACAGAGCCGGGCGGCAGGCUAAUGAACCCAGCUUCCAGAUCCGAGACUAUGUGGAAUCCCAGAAGAAGCGGCCCAGCUGCUGCUCUUUCUUGUGAAUCCCAAGGGGCUGAGAGGAAGCUCCAGAGACGCACAAGGAUGCAGCCUUCUCCCUCAGACCUGGUUUAUUCUAAGCGGCUGAGCCAAUGAGGAGAGAGUUGGGGGACCCAGUGCACAGCCCCUCCGUACUCCUGCCCCUAUUCUAGCUCCUGUAGCUUCCCUGCAUCCCCGGAGGAGGGUCAAAUAUUUUUAUUUCAUUUUAAUGAUACAUAAUCUAAUCAAAAGGGCACCAGAAAACGGAGGAAGGGAGCUGGUGCCCCUUUUGCCUUCUAGUGCUAGGACUCAGGGGCCUGGGCCUCCCACCUACCCACCAUGAGGGUGAUAUUGCACCAGCUCAGCACCAGGGGGCACUGAUGCACUUCUGGGGUAUGAGGCAGGUAGUGACCCCAUUCCCACCCUUCAGCUGGCAAGAGGCUGAGCAGACCCAGGCCUUCAUUUCCUCCGGCUCCCCAGAGAACAAUCUUCCCCAAUAAGACAGGGCCCUUGUGCCAGGAGCGAGACCAAAGCCUCAGGAAGAUAAGAGAUGUGGAGAUUGGGCAGGGACCCAGCUCCCUGGGGGGAGGGGGGGAGAGGAGUAACAGAGAUUAGGUCUGUUAGGCUACCUCUGGCCUUACUAGCCCCUCUCUGGGAGGUGCACCCCAUUUCCCCCAGCCCACAAGCACAUUAGGGCACCUGGAAACAUCUGGCUCCUAUUCACUGGACCUCAGAUCCCAGGGGAGCCCCUCCUCCCUGAAUCCCUGGCCUUAUCUUCCUACCUUUCUGCCUGUGUCCCCAGACACCUACAGUUACUGAUAGGGAAAGGUUAUUCUUCUGUUCCAAUCCUUUGGCCGGUAUGCAGCCCACAGGCUACUUCUUCAAGCAGCUGUAGUGCUUCCACUGGGUAAAGAGGCAGAUAAAAAGAAAGCCCUGACUCCUGGAGUAGGUGGGAGGUAGAAGUGAGCAAACCUCACCCCUUGUGUAACCCCUAAACCCAAGGGCCAUCUCCUCCCCCAUCAGCCACAUCCUUUUCUUCUCAGAUGGACAUUCGGGCCCAAACUUCUUUAUCUCCCUUCGUACUGAGCCAGGUUAGGGAGUGAGAGGUCAUCCAUUUCUGGGAAAAUCAACGCAUUGUGUGCAAAACAAGGUCAUGUGGGUGAGGCUUGGGGUGGGGAGACAGGCAGCAAGGAGUUUACAUGCUAAAGGAGUUUACAUGGGGCCAAGGUCACAUGUCUCCCAAAGCCCUGACCCCAACAAUGGGAAGAGGGCAGGAGACGUGCAGCUUAUGACCUAGAGGCACCUUUACUCCAGCUCUGUUCACCAGGGGUGGGGAGAGGGGUGAGAAAGGUAUGCACUGUACGUAUCUGCAGCUGCUGCAUUUGCUUUCAAGGCAGAAAUCUUGCUCCCAGAGCAGAGUCAGCACGAUAAGGACGCUCUCCAGGCCUCUCCCAGGCAGAGCAGGGAGGAGCCUGACCUUGCCGGGUUCUUCUGGGGCCCAAGGCAGGUCGCAGGCAAUCCAAUCACAUGGGCUGCUCUGGGCCUUUGGCAUUUGUGUUUUUCAGAAGUAAAUGGCAGUAUUUUGGAAAGUA